AAGUUAAACGUUUCACAUCGAAAUGUCUAGAAUUAUCACAUAUGAAGAUAUUGUAAUUAUGAGUGAUUAUAUCGCCAGCAAAAUGAUUGUCAAGCCAAAAAUUGGAAUAGUCUGUGGAACUGGUCUCGGAGAUAUAAACAGCAUGAUUACUAACCCUCUUAUUAUAAAAUUCGAAAAUAUCCCAAAACUACCAAGAACCACGGGUAAAGAAAAAAGUUUUAAAAUAGUCGAUUCCCAUGCCGGACAAUUCGUUAUAGGAAACCUGGCUUGUGGCACGCCAGUCAUCUGUCAGCAGGGAAGAUAUCAUCUUUACGAAGGCCAUGAUCAAUCCACUAUUAACAAAUUAAUAACCCAGAUUGUUGCCCCAAUUCGACUUAUGAAAUUCUUGGGUGUCGAAAUUGUCAUUUUAACGAAUGCUGCGGGCGGGAUCAAUCAAUCUUAUUGUUGUGGAGAUAUAAUGGUGAUAAAGGACCAUCUCUACUUUCCCGGUUUGGUUGGAAACAGUCCUCUAAUUGGACCGAAUGAUGCUCGAUUUGGGGAUAGAUUUCCAUCCUUGUAUAACUUGUACGACAGGGAUCUGAGGAGCAAGUUAUUGGACUGUGCUCGGGAGUUGAAUUUUGACUUUGUUAGAGAAGGAAUUUACGCGUCGGUCGCCGGACCGCACUUUGAGACGAAUUUUGAGAUGAGGUUUUUGAUGAAAAAUGGUUGUGAUGCAGUUGGUAUUGGUUUGUUAUAUAAAAUGAAGGAAUGA